CUCCUUCUUCCUUCCUUUCCUCAUGUUCAAAACAUCUUUCAAUCGACUCUUCCAAUCUUCUAGUAAAAAUUACAUUGCUUCUCCUUCUCGUUUUACAACUACAUUCCACACCACCACCACCACCACCACCACACGAGCCAUGUCAUCCUCCGACUCCCCCAACAGACCAAGCGGUCUCAUUGCCACAUCCGGCAUCGAGCUCCUCACGUGGGGAACCCCCAAUGGACAUAAAAUCAGCAUUUUGCUCGAAGAGCUCAAAGCCGCCUAUGGAAAAGAAUACACGUUUCAAGCGAUUAACAUUAUGGAGAAUAUCCAAAAGGAAGAAUGGUUCACGAAGAUCUGCCCGAAUGGCAGGAUUCCGGCAAUUGUGGAUCAUGAUCGCAAUGGGUUUGCGGUGUUUGAGGGAGCGGCGAUUUUGGCGUAUUUGACGAGGAAUUAUGAUGUAGAGAGGAAGUUUAGUUUUGAGGAGGAGGAGGAUAGGAGUAGAGUUGAGCAGUGGGUUGCUUGGCAACACGGCGGUCUAGGCCCCAUGCAAGGCCAAGCAAACCACUUCUACCGUCUCGCCAAAGAACGCAUCCCCUACCCAACCCAACGCUAUAUUGGCGAAACCGAGCGUCUCUACGGCGUCCUCGAUGCCCAACUGCAGGAUCGCGAGUACAUCGUCGGUCCCGGAAAGGGAAAGUAUAGUAUUGCCGAUAUUGCGAAUUUCAGCUGGGUCAACGUGGCUUAUUUUGCGGGGGUGGAUUUGGCCAAGUUUGAGCAUUUGGAGAAGUGGUGGAAGAGGAUUAGUGAGAGGGAAGCGGUGAAGAAGGGGAUUAGUGUGCCGAGUGAGAGUAAGUUGGUUAAUGAGGCGUUUAAGAAGAGACUUGGGGAAGAUAAGGAGUUUAGGGAGGGGGAGGAGAAAUUGAAGAAAUUGGGGGAGGAGGCGAAGGAGAAGUAUGGCUACAAGUAUGCUUCGCCUUGA